CUUUGUUCCAAAAGACAAGCGACGAACUUUUUUUGCUCUUCGCCGAAGCGAAUCAUGGUGAAAUUUACAAGGUUCCUUUAGCAGUGGCGAACACACCUUGCUAUCUGCUUCAAAUCAACAUAAAUAUCUCCAGGCCCGUGGCUGUUGACUACGACCCAGUUGAGGGUAAAAUCUAUUGGACAGAUGUGACCCUGAAACUGUUGGCAAGAGCAUUUCCAAACGGAUCGUCAGUUGAGAUCAUAGCGCACACUGACGUGGUAACGCCAGAUGGCCUUGCAGUAGACUACAUUGGAAGGAUUCUCUACUGGACUGAUACUGGAACUAGCAAACUUGAGGUAGCACGACUAGACGGAUCAUUUCGGAAAAGCCUCAUCACAACAGGGAUUGAAAAUCCAAGAGCUAUAAUUCUAGAUAUACCUGAGAGACAAAUGUACCGGAGUGAUUGGGGAUCAUCACCAAAGAUUGAGCAAGCUAACAUGGAUGGGUCUGCCAGGACAGUUAUUGUAAGCUCUGGACUUGUCUGGGUCAAUGCACUUGCUCUAGAUUCGCAGAAUAAGCUGCUGUAUUGGUGCGAUGCAAAACUCGAUAAGAUAGAAAGGGCAAACCUUCAAGGAAAUAACCGAGAACUACUUCUAGAUUUGUCUUCUUACAACCAUCAUCCCUUUGGACUUUCCCUUUCUGGUGACACUCUCUACUGGUCGGACUGGAACAGUCAGAGUAUUCAUAAGUACAAUUUGACAUCUUCUCAAAGUGACGUGUUGGUCUAUGGAAUGGGAAGGCCGAUGGAAGUGCAUGUUUAUGAUCAGACAAAAACAAUCACAGGAUCAACAAGCUGCUCUCAACUAAAUGGAGGCUGUAGUCAUCUUUGUCUUCCAAAUCCGAGUGGGCAUCAAUGUUUUUGUCCAGAGGGAGUUCAGCUGAAGCCUGGUAAUGCCUUCAUUUGUGAAGGAGAGAGGCGUUGUCAACAGCUGUAUGCCCCGCCACAUGGAAGUCUAGAGCCCUGCUCUAAUUUGCCGGGACAAACCUGUGAGUUUUCCUGCAACAAAGGGUACAUUUUGACGGGAUCAACAACAAGAACAUGUAACAGUAAUGGAACUUGGACAGGAACUCCAGCUCAGUGUAACGACACAACUCCUCCUUCUUUUAAUAAUACUUGUCCAGAGAACAUAGUGGUCUAUACUCCUGAAUGCUCAUCCAGUGCUUUGGUUGGAUGGAAUGAACCAACUGCUGAUGAUAAUUCCGGCCAUGUGAUUGUUAACCACCCUUCCAUUCGACCGUUAGCUCAAUUGAGCAUUGGAUUCUAUUUUAUAAUGUAUUCAGCUUCAGACGCCGACGGAAACAGAGCUAACUGCACUUUCAUGGUGCAAGUUGCAAGAAAAUCCUGCAUUACGCUGCAACCACCAUCACAUGGAAGUUUGAACCUUUCUUGUGGCUUUUCAUUUGGUUCCCAAGCUAAUUUUACUUGUGACAGGGGGUAUCAGUUAAUCGGGUCUCGAGAGCGUUUUUGCAAAGAAGACGGCUCUUGGUCAGGAAACACCACUACAUGUAAUGUUGUGAGGUGCCAAGCCAUUGAGCCUCCAUCUCAUGGAGCUGUUUCUCCAAAUUCGUGCAGAUCAGCUUCUGGUGUUUAUUAUAAGACACAGUGCUUUUUAUCGUGCAACGCUAAUACCCCUGGUUACGUACUGGAAGGCGAAAGUAGCGUCUCCUGCCUGGAAAGUGGAUCGUGGAGUGCAGAUACAACAAAGACGAUUUGCAAGGACGUCCAACCUCCUAGCAUUCAAUGCCCACCUAACCAAGAACUAUCCACAGAAACUGGUCAAUCGUACGCAAUAGUGACGUGGGAGGUACCAAUCCCUUCCGACAACUCCAACAUGUCACUAAGUCUGAAAGGUUUGCGCCCACCUCAGCAGUUCUAUGUUGGUAGACAUUAUGUUAGAUAUGAAGUCACAGACACCGCUGAGUUGUCAACAAGCUGUACAUUUUCUAUUAACGUUAAAGAUGUAGAACCUCCGGUCAUUGUUUCUUGCCCCGACGAUAUCUUCCUUUCGUCUGGAAAGAGGGAUAAUACGAUCUUUUUUCCUGGAGUCACAGCAACGGAUAAUGUGGGAGUGUUCUCCAUUUCACUUAGCAGACCGAAUGGAAGCGAAUUCACUUGGGGCGAGCACAAUGUAACCUGUAUUGUAACAGAUAAAGCAGGAAAUGUUGCCGAAUGCAAUUUCAAAGUUAUUAUUACCGAUAAAUCAUGCCCUGAUCUACCACCACCUGAGAACGGCGCUAAGGCUUGUGAGAUGUGGCUGACCGGGGUGUUCUGUACCGUGCAUUGCAAUGAAGGUUACGGGUUCGUUGAACAACCGGAAGAUGUGUAUUUCUGUACUCCGGGAGGAACAUGGAUGAACGCAUUUGUAAAUGGCCAAAAAGCACCUGCUUUUCCAGACUGCUCAAAGACGUAUAUGCCGAAAGAGGCCAUAGUGAAUGGAGACCUCCAUUACCUAGUUGAUGCGUGUGGCGACGAAGCAGUGAGCGAAGUUAUCGCCAGCAACUUCAUACAGCUGUUACAGAACUCAGUUUUUGGUAGCGCUGGAGCCUGUAAUAGUCAGUGCACAAUCGAUAAUGUCGAGGUAGAAUGUGGAGAAACAGGGACACGCAAGAGAAGAACGCCCAGUGUUCCUCUUACGAUGCGUUUUGCUUUAAAAGUUCCUCUACCAGUCAACGCUUCCUUGGUUGACCUGAAUGAAACCGCAGAACUACUAUCCAAUGACUUAUUAUCAACAUUAAACGAAACUGACCUGAAUCUGAACAUCAGUGGAAUUGUUAUAAAGUAUGACACUUCGAGAGCACCACAGCUUCGCCUUGUGAGUCUCGUUUGUGGCAAAGGACAAGUUCAAAGAGGGACGCAUUGCGUUAACUGUCCACUUGGCUUUUAUUUUACCGAAAACGAUUGUCGAGCAUGCCCAGAAGACCAAUACCAGGACCAAGAAGCGCAGAGCUCUUGUAUAUUGUGUCCAUCUGGGACGGUAACCUUUGGAAAAACAGGAUCAAAAUGGCGAAAAAGUUGCCAAGAAAUUCCAAGUAUGUCCAGUAAUGAAGAACAAAGCGGCUUAAAGCCAGUAACUCUUUAUUCAAGUAUUGCAGCAGGAUCUGUACUGUUUAUUAUUUCCCUGAUUAUCAUCGCCAUCUUCUGCGGAAAGAAACAUCGUCGUGGCGUGCGCAGGACAGCCGCUAACCGGGGUAUAGACAUGGGGCAUCGCAAUCCCGUAUACGAAUUUGCCGGAGAUGACCCUCAAGUCGAUGAUCCUGUCUAUAUGGAGAUCGAUGUUUCUAAACUACGUACCAGCAAUGAUUUGCCGUUAGACAACAAUACGGACUACUUCGCUCUAAAAGACGUACAUCAAAACGAUUACGAAAGACUUGAAUUCACUUACUCCGAGGCAUGAAAGAUCCGGAUAAGAAUAGUGUUCUAGAACAUAUCGCCUUAAUAAGAGAUGCUAUUUUUAGAGACACUAAUUGGUGUCAUUUGAG